UGCGGGGGCUGGGAAGGGGGCAAAGCCCACGGGCACGGCAUCUGCACCGGCCCCAAGGGCCAGGGGGAGUACUCGGGCUCCUGGAACUACGGCUUUGAAGUGGUGGGCAUAUACACGUGGCCCAGCGGCAACACCUACGAAGGCUACUGGUCCCAAGGCAAGAGGCACGGCCUGGGAAUCGAGACCAAAGGACGGUGGGUUUACAGAGGGGAGUGGACCCACGGCUUCAAGGGGCGCUACGGGGCCAGGCAGAGCAUGAGCAGCGGAGCCAAGUAUGAAGGCACCUGGAACAACGGGCUGCAGGAUGGCUACGGCACCGAGACCUACGCUGAUGGAGGCACGUACCAGGGCCAGUUCAGCAGCGGCAUGCGGCACGGCUACGGCGUGCGCCAGAGCGUGCCCUACGGGAUGGCCUCCGUGGUGCGCUCCCCGCUGCGCACCUCGCUCUCCUCCCUGCGCAGCGAGCACAGCAACGGCACCCUGCCCCAGCAGGACUCCCCUGCUGCCAACCCCGAGAGCCUGCCCCUCUCGCCCACCAUCACCCGUGGGGGCUUUGCCCUCAGCCUCUACGCGGAGGCGGAGGCCGGCAAGCCCAAGAAAGGGGGGCUGUUCCGCAGGGGCUCCUUGCUGGGCAAGCUGAAGAAAUCCGAGUCCAAGUCAUCCCUGGCCAGUCAGAAGAGCCGUGUCAGCUUCCUCAAGAGCGAGAGCGGGAUCAGCUCGGCUGCCAGCGAUGCCACCUCCACCGUCAGCCUGGGUGAGGGCGCCGAGGGCGAGGAGUUCACCCCCUUCGAGUCCGACAUCGACGCCACCACCACGGAGACCUACAUGGGCGAGUGGAAGAACGACAAGCGCGCCGGGUUCGGCGUCAGCGAGCGCUCCAGCGGGCUGAAGUACGAGGGCGAGUGGCUGGACAACCUGCGGCAUGGCUACGGCUGCACCACCCUGCCCGACGGCAAGAAGGAGGAGGGCAAGUACCGCCACAACGUCCUCGUCAAGGGCAUGAAGAAGCGUGUCAUACCUCUCAAGAGCGCCAAGAUCCGGCAGAAGGUGGACAGGAGCGUGGAGGGAGCUCAGAGGGCCGCGGCCAUCGCCCGGCAGAAGUCGGAGAUCGCGGCAUCCAGAACAGCUCAUGCCAAAGCCAAGGCUGAAAGUUCUGAGCAGGCAGCUCAGGCAGCUAACAACGAAUCGGGCAUAGCCAGGAUGAUGGCCAGGGAGCUCUCCCCAGACUUCUAUCAGCCAGGUCUUACAAAGAUGCAGAUACAUUUCACUCUUCACACAAAAAUACCUACAUCACAGAUUUUGCAAGCUGUUUACUACAAUCUCUGUACUACUGUCCGGAGUUUUCUGUCGGUUGUUCUGCUGGAUUACGUGCAAUAAUAAACAGUUAUCUGCU